GCUUCUAAUGCUGUGCUAUUACAUUCUCACAGCUACCUGACCUUGGAGGAGGUGGGAGCACGAUUAUAAUUGCCCAAUUGGUUUCUUUUGGAAGUCCUUAGACUGGCCUUUUAGUCACUGUGUAGCCCAGCUGACCUCAAACUCGCUAUGAUCCUCCUGCCUCAGCCUCCCAAGUGCUGGGAUGACAGGCAUGCAGCAUCACACCUGAUGUCAGGGGCAUUACUGUGCCCAUUUGGCAGAUCAGAAACAAGCUGGUAUGGAGCGGUGGAGCCAUGACCAGAGCCUAGCUGAGUCUUGCUCCUUCCGUCCCGCCUCCUUCUGCCGGGUGUGCUUAUGAGAGCUUGUGUUCUGGGGAAUGUGAGUCAGCUGCUCAGUUUUGGUGAAUGAACACAAUCUCAACUCUGAUGAGGACAUGGCAGUGCCAGCCUGGCAUGGGGACACACUCAAGUCAUGCUCCGUAGCUCUAUGCAGUUUAUAACAGUUUCUCAUCCAAGCUGUGAUUCCGUGGGACCUUUCACACAGGCCUGUCAAGGAAAGCAGGGUGCCCAGGAAGAGGUCAGCGCUGACCAGGUGGCUACUGUGAUAUGGGACUACUUCAGCCAGCUGAGCAACAAUGCCAAGGAGGCUGUGGAACAUCUGCAGAAGUCAGAAAUCAGCCAGCAGCUCAACACCCUCUUCCAGGACAAAGUGGGGGAUGUAAACACCUAUGCCAUUGACCUGCAGAAGAAGCUAGUGCCCUUUGCCACCAAGCUGCAUGAGCGCCUGACCAAGGACUCAGCAAAAGUCAAGGAGCAGAUUCAAAAGGAGGUGGAGGACCUGCGUGCCUACCUGCUGCCCCAUGCCCGGGAGGUGAGUCAGAAGAUCGGGGACAACAUGCAAGAGCUGCAGCAGCGCCUGCAGCCCUACACCAAGGAGCUGCACACCCAGGUCAACAAGCAGGCCGAGCAACUGCGGAACCAGCUGACUCCCUAUGUGCAGCACAUGGAGUCUGUCCUGCAGGAGAACAUAGGAAACCUGCAGGUCUCCCUUCUACCCUACGCCGAGGAGUUCAAGACCAAGUUCGACAAGAACGUGGAGGAGCUCAAGGGGCGCCUCAUGUCCCACACGGAGGGCCUCAAGGAGAAGAUUGACGAAAACAUCGAGGAGCUGCGUCACAGCCUGGCCCCCUAUGCGCAGGACGUCCAGGGGAAGCUCAACCACCAGCUCGAGGGCCUGGCCUUUCAGAUGAAGAAGAAUGUGGAACAGCUUCAGGCCAAGAUCACCGCCAAUGCCAACCAGCUGCAGCAGAGGCUGAUGCCCGUGGUGGAGGAUGUCCGAAGCAAGCUGAAAAGCAACACAGAGGGGCUGCAGAAGUCGCUGGCACAGCUGAGCAGCCACCUGGACCAGCAGGUGGAGGAGUUCCAGACCAGCGUGAAGCCCUAUGGGGAGACCAUGAACACAGCCUUGGUGCAGCACAUGGAGCAGCUCAGGCAGCAGCUGGGCCCUUACGCGAGGGACGUGGAGGGCCACCUGCGCUUCCUGGAGAAGGACCUGCGGGACCAGGUCAGCUCCUUCUUCAGCACCCUGGAGAAGGAGAACCAGAACAAGCCCCUGACCCUUGUUCACCCAGAGCAGGGUGCUCCCGAAGCAGGGUUGGAGCAGCCACAGGAGCAGCCGCAGGAGCAACCACAGGAGCUGCCGCAGGAGCAGCCACAGGAGCAGCCGCAGGAGCAGCCACAGGAGCUGCCGCAGGAGCAGCCACAGGAGCUGCCGCAGGAGCAGCCGCAGGAGCAGCCGCAGGAGCAGCCGCAGGAGCAGCCAGAGCCCGCCCCUUUGGAGAGCUGAGCUGCCCCUGGUGUCCUCGCUCCAUUACCAUGGACACCUGCCCUGCCCUGCCCCCUGUCUGCCCAUCAGUCCCUAAGCGUAUCCUCUAUGAGUCUGAGGAGGACACAUGCCCGGUGGGCAGUAACACCCCUUCUCUAUACUCAAUACAGUUGCUGAGAAAUUA